AUGGCGCCAAUUUCAAAAUCCGAGGACACUCGAAAAUUGAAGAUCCUUAUGUUGCACGGCUACACACAAUCCGGCCCUCUCUUCCAAGCAAAAACCCAACGAAUCAAGAAACUACUCGAAAAGUCUCUCGCCAGCUCCCCCAUCAAAACCGACACCGACACCGACACCAACCCUCCCAUCAACGGCAUAGAAUUAAUCUAUCCCACCGGUCCCUUCCCAGUAACCUCAGCAGAUCUAAACGGAGCAGAAGUCCGCGAAGACGCAAACGGAUGGUGGAAACUCUGCCCACGAGGAGAACCACAACAAGGUUUCUCAAUCGGACUCUCCAGCAUUGCAAAAAUAUUGCAACAACAAGGUCCCUUCGACGGUAUCAUGGGAUUCAGUCAAGGAGCAGCGUUUGCAGCCAUGAUAACUUCCCUCCUCGAACCCUCACGAGCUCAAGCUUUUGCAAAUGUGAAAGGUGGCAUAGCUUUCCCGUCUUCUUUUGCUGAACUCACACACCCACCGCUGACAUUUUGUGUUUGCUUUUCGGGAUUGUUGAAUAAAUGUCCUGCUUAUACGGCAUUCUAUGAGCCUAGGAUUCAAACACCGGUUUUACAUGUUUUGGGUAGUAUGGACACGAUUGUGGAGGAGAGUGAAUCUUUGGCGUUGGCGGAGAGGUGUGAAGGUGGUGGAAAAGGUGGUGUUGUUAGACAUACGGGAACACAUACUGUGCCGAGUAGUGAAAGAGAUAUUGCGGCUGUGAUUCAGUUUAUCCGAAAUGUCUAUGCUGGAGAAGGAAAUGCCAAGGCGGAUGAAGAGGAAGAGGAAGAGGAUGUCCUAGAUAUGGAUAUGCCUUUUUAG